AUGGAUUCCUGCUCUACUAAAUUCUAUCAUGUACAUGGCUUUGACUCCAGAGAGGCUCUGGAAUCAUAUUUUUCUAACAAAGAAGAAAUGAUCUUUGGAGAUGAUUCACUUAAAUUUCCAAUGGAGAAUUUAUUCCGUUCUUUCAAUGAGGGUCUCAUUAAGGGCGACCUUUUGAUUGACAUCAGUAGUGGAUCCUUCAUUCAUCAUCUCUAUUCAGCCAGUGGGUGUUUCAAACAGAUCUGCGUGCUGAAGUGCGCUGAUAAAUGCAUCAUGGAACUGAACAGAUGGAUUCACAAACAUACAGGAGCAUUUGAUUGGUCUCACACAUUUUUACUUACUAAAGCCCUAGAAGAAAAAAGUGACCUGUUUAAGGGUGAAGAUAUUACGUUGAAGACAGCAAUUGCAAACAUCAAGAAAUGUGACUUUGAAAAAGAAAAUCUGACAGACCCGGAGGUGCUACCAUUAGCAGACUGUGUGAUCACUGCGUGGCUGCUGGAUCUCAUCAGCAAAGACCAACAUGAAUAUAGAAAGAAUUUCAGGAAAAUUGUGAAGCUACUGAAACCUAAAGGAAACCUAAUAAUAAUUGGGCUCCUGAAUACAACUUAUAUGAUGGUUGGCCAGAAUAAGAUGCAUGUGUUCAAAUAUGAUGAGAACUUUGUUAAACAAGUUCUCAAUGAUGAAGGGUUUGUUAUUGAUUACUGGGCAUCCCAGAAAAGAUCUCCAGUGAGUGACCGUAUUAACUAUGAUGCAGUUUUAUAUAUUACAGCUCACAGAAACAUUUAAGGGACUGGUUCUGAGUUGCAUGCUAUGUUGAUGUUGGGUGGUGCAGCUGAGCAAUUUGUUUUUCCUGUGCAUGAAUCUAAAUUGCGCACAUGCAUCCUGAUUGUGGGUAUACAGGGCCGCAGUACUGAUUUUAGACGCAUACAUGCAGGAGUAUAUAUAAAGCAUUUUUCUUAUCACAGCUCACAGAGAGAAUUACAAACACAUGAAACAACUGUAACAGAUCUUCCUAUCAAUUAUUCAAGUGUUAAACUUUACCAAAAAUAAUUCCAAUAUAUAAGUAUACAUUUGUUGACCUUAUUGAUGUUAAAACCUGGUCAACAUAAAGUAAUGAAUCAAUGUUUGCAGCUUACA